AUGCUCCCUAAUUUCGUCGCGGCGCGAUGCAAUCGCAGGAUCGUAUUGGUGUUCGCGAUCCUUGCAACGCCCUUGGUUUUGCUCUCAACUAUUUUCACACUUCAGGACGACGCAUAUGGGCGGCGCGCGGCGAAUAUCGUGCAUCAGGCCGUGGACGCGGUGGAGCAGGCCACCAAACCGUACAGAGUUACGCCUGGCACCACGGACACGACCACGACCACGGCGUCAGAACCUAUCGUAUUGUCAGAUUUGGACGAAUAUUGCAGGACGUUUCCAGACCCGGGCAACAUCGCCGUCAUCUUGAAAACUGGCGCUACCGAAAUUCACGAAAAAGUUCCCAUGCAGCUGGCCACCUCAUUACGAUGUGUGAAAUGGCCAAUCAUCCUGUCUGAUCUCGAACAGCAUUUGGGCAAUAUGAAAGUUCACGAUGUGUUGUCGAAUGUUUCGGAAGAAGCGAUGAAAAAUAACACGGAUUUCAAUAUAUAUCGACUGCAACGCGAAUAUCUUGCGAAUGGACGAGAAAACGAGUUGUCAACGUUACGCGAUCUACCGGGUAACUCGACAGAUUGGCAUACGGAGGGCAAAAGCGCGGCGUGGGAGUUGGAUAAAUACAAAUUCUUGCGUACGUUGUGAUAAGGUUGUUCGGAGAGCUCUGCUAACAUUCUGAGCACAGACAUGAUCGAAAGCAGUUGGGAGCUUGCGCCUAAGAAGGAUUGGUACGUUUUUGUCGAGGCAGAUACCUAUCUUAGCUGGCCGAAUUUGCUAUACUGGCUCUCCACUUUGGACCAUGAGAAGCCUCUGUACUUUGGAAACGGGAUACGAAUGUGGGAGUACAAAGCCACUGAGCUUCUGUUCGGUCAUGGAGGCUCUGGAAUCCUUCUCUCUGGAGCGACGGUUGCGGAAUUUGCUGCUACGAAUCGAGACAUCGCUCGCAAAUGGGACGAGAGAAUCCGCGAGAUGUGGUUCGGUGAUUUUGUCCUUGCUGCUGCUCUUUACGAAGAGCUAGACAUCAGGAUUACCAAGGCUCAGCCGUCGAUGACAGGCAACGAGCCCGAAACCCAAGCAUUCCUCCCAGAGAUGUGGUGUCAACCAGUCAUUACGGUAAUCAGAGCAACGUGCCCGAUAUUGAAGCAUGCAUUGACAGGAUACUAGGUGCACCAUAUUGCUAACCAGCCCAUGAACGCCAUUUGGCAAUACGAAAAACAACACAACGAUUCUGGUUUGCGCUGGAAGGACGUCUAUCAUGUGUCUUUUCCUCAAGGCAUGCCUAACCACCGAAACGAUUGGGAUAACAUCGCGGGCGACGAGGCUUAUGCUCUUGAUUUCUCUCCCGCACAGGGUGAAAACCAGUCAUACGAGUCUUGCGAACUGGCAUGCUCGCACAAUCCCAAGUGCAUGCAGUUCAUGUACACAGAAAGUUGGACGAAGAAGGAAGAGGGGCCCGAGGUGGAGAAGAAGUGCCACCAUAGCCUUGCCAUCAUUUUAGGAAAUCAGAGGCUACCUAGAAUCGGUGCAGACGGACCAGACUCGUUGCAGACGUGGUCGAGUGGGUGGAUGAAAGAUCGAAUAGCAAAAUGGGUUGAAGACCAUCGAGAUUGUGUAUUGAGCGACAGCAACUGGCCUACAUAG